AUCAUCAUUGUAUCAGUUGAUCGUUAGAAACAAUGAUACGUUUUUUGAUUUUCGCCUACUUCCUACUUUUAGGCAAGUAAAAUAACUUUUAACACGAAAAGAAAUAGAGAAGGAGCGAAAGACAUUUGUUUAAUAAUACUUUAAUAUAUCUUUUAGUUAGUUGCCAAGAUGGUCUUCCCAGGAAUGCGGCUAAAAAAUAUGAGGAAUCAAUGGACAUGCCGUGCAAAGCCGUUAGAGCAAAUGCACAGUAUGAUCUCAUAUCUUGGACAUACGUUGCUAGUCAAACCAAAGUUGGUUGGAGUAUUGCCCAAAAUAUGACGAUUGCUCCUAACGCCCAAGGAAAAUUCGAAUUAACAAGUGAUCCCACUAAAUAUGAUUUAAAGAUCCUCAAAAUUGAUGAUAACACUGCUGGAACUUAUGAGUGCGCUGGUUCUCUGGGUGGCGUAGUUGUUGACGCCUUUCACGCUUUUGCUAUGUAUAUAAAGGAUUUAAAAAUAGCUGCGGACAAGACAUUGUCAGAUUAUUUGGGAACUGACAAUCAAAUAGCCUAUUGCUAUGUUGACUACGGUGGACCAUACCCUCCCACAGUUUCCGUAGAAACAAGCGGAACCGUUAUCGGAUCAUAUCAUUACGAAAAUAUUCCUGAUGAUAUGGCAAUGCAAUCGUUCACUGCUGGAGCUUGCUCAUUAAUAAAGAAAUCUGAUACCUUCACCUGUAAAGCUGAUUUCGGUGCCCCAUCCAUAGAAUUAAUACAAGACAUUACCUACGAUGUUGUGGAACCAGAUUUUAAUGCUAUUACAGUCGGAGGUACACCUCCAGAUGCUGGAAACGUACCUAGUUGGCUCACGGACAGAUGCAAAGCACUUGUCAAGCCACCAGAUUAUGAUUUAGUUCCUAAAAAUACUGCUUUGAUGACUGGAGAGUCUACAACUCUUAAAUGUAAAAGAGUCAAUGAAAAUGAUCAUGAUGAAGGCUAUUGGUCUUUUAUAACUGCUACAGACGGAUCUGGGGCAAUUAUCGCCACUAAUUUUGUAAUUCAACCAGGAUUGGAUCAAACAUUUGAAUUUGAAAGUGGAAAUUUUAAUUUGAAGUUGAAGACUAUGUCCAAACCAUUGACAGGACUAUAUCAAUGUGCCGGUCUUAAAAAUGAUCAAGUCCUUGCCGACCAUGCUUCCUUAGUUAUGAUAUUAGGCAAUCCUUCGUGUACUCAGAAAAGCCAUACAAACUUACCAUCUAAUCAAAAGAUUGGCUAUUGUUUUGGAGAUUAUUAUGGAGUAUACAAUCCAACUGUUAACUUUACUAGAGGAAGCAACGCACUUAUUUCCGCUACAUUUAAAAGAGAAGCUGCCGGGUUAAGUCCCGAUCUUUCGGUUGUUGGCGGUUGUUCAUUAAUAUUGGAUAAUCAAAAUUUCAAAUGCGAAAUGAAAUAUGGACCUCCUCCAGCUAAACAACUUGAAGAUAUUAAUUUGGAUAGAAGUGCACCCUCGAAGGUUACAUCCUGCGAGUCAGGAUCGUCAACUCCUACAGUACCAAGUUGGUUAGAAGAAGAGUGUAUAAAGCUAUUGAGAUUGGAUGUAACUACACCGGCUUCUGGACAAAAUAUAGUAGUUUAUAUUCCACUCUUAGUUGUUAGUGUAUUUCUUCGAGUUCUCUUUUAA